AAAAAAAAUACAAAAUCCGAAACCCAUCUUCUUUGUUUCCCUCGCCAUCUGCUGCGAAGACGAAGCUCCCAUUUAUUAAAAAUCCGAUAAAUGCGUUGAGAAGGAAGAAAGCGACAAAGAAGAGUGAAAGAAAAGCGAGGGGACGAGAGGAGGGGAAAGAAGAGAGCUAUAGCGACCGGGAGAAGGAGAAUCGAUGAACGACAUUGCUGAUCUGACAUUCUUUUCAUAAACUAGGGUUUCAGCGGCCGGGGGGCUUCUUUGAUUUCUUUGUUUAGCUUCCUUUUUUGAUUGGAAUAGCUUAUUUAUGGCCCUUUGUCUGAGGGCGUGGUAGUGAGUUCACGUUGGAUCGCUCGCGCCGGCUUGUUUAAUUUGGAGCCGUCUUAUUUGUGAGUUUUCGAUUGAUUUGUGCCCUAGAUUUGCAUAGUUCUGACGUGCUUUUACGGAUCCCCGGUAAUGCAUUUUGUUUGAAAGGAAACGCUGAAAUUGUGUGCGUUGCACUGAUAGAGAUAUUGUCAUAUUGUGACAAACUAUCAUAUUUAAUAAGAUAUUUUGGAUCUCUGCGAAGUUUAUUUCAUAUUGGAGACCAUGGGUAUCGCUGCGAGGCGGCAUUUUUGCAGUAGAAAGGGGUCUCGGAUGACACGUCUCGUUUUAAAGAUGAUAGUUUGAAUCAGCAAGGGAGGAUUGAGCAACAGACAGCAUGGGAAGCAUUAGUCCAGACGAUACUUUAGCCAAGAGGCGAUCACUACUAGAGUGGCUAAAUAAUCUGUUUCCUGGCCUCGAUAUUCCCUUGGAAGCAUCAGAAGAACAACUAAGGAUGCUAUUGUUUGAUGGAACAGUUUUAUGUGGAAUUGUGAACCAACAAGAUCCUACUUUCCUUGUGAAUCAGAAAGGUGCUUAUAUAUCAUCUGAGCAGUGUCGGGAGAAAGUCAGGAGAUUCCUUUUGGUUAUAGAGGCAAUGGGUUUGCCCGUGUUUUCUACCGGUGAUUUGGAACAU